AUGGACGGGACCAUAAUAGACUCUACACCCGCCGUAAUCAAGCACUGGCACCGCAUUGGAAAUGAAAUCGGCGUAUCCCCCGAGGUUAUUCUUCAGACCUCCCACGGUCGUCGUAGCAUCGAUAUCCUGAAGAUUCUCGCCCCCGAGAAGGCCAACUGGGAAUACGUGUGCGAUAUGGAGGCCGCCCUCCCCAGGGAUUACAGCGAAGACGCCGUCGAGAUUCCCGGCGCUCGAGCUCUCCUGGAACCUCUGAUCGAGAACAAGGGCAACUGGGCCAUCGUCACCUCGGGCACCACCCCGCUCGUCUCUGGGUGGCUCACCAAGCUCAACCUCCCCACCCCCGAGGUGCUCGUCUCGGCCGAGUCCGUGGAGAACGGCAAGCCUGAUCCCACUUGCUACCUUCUCGGUAGGGAAAAGCUCGGGCUCUCCGAUUCCUCCAAGAACAUCCUCGUCCUCGAGGACAGCCCUGCCGGCAUCAAAUCUGGCAAGGACGCCGGCUGCAAGGUUAUCGGCCUCGUCACGAGCCAUACCGUGGAGCAAGUCCUGGCCGCUGAGCCGGAUUUCCUCGUCAAGGACCUGGCUUCUGUCAAGUUCAUCGAGACCAGCAACGGCCGCGUCACGCUCGAAUUCUCCAAUCUAUGGGUCCCGGCUGCCUAA